CCGUAAGAGAAGGAUCGCGCCGUGACCCAGCGCGGCCAUGGCCGGCUUCAUCAACUUCGCGGACGAGGAGGAGGUGCGGGCGUACCUGGAGAACCUGCACGUGGAGUACAGCUACCAGUGCUUCAAGGAGAAGGACCCGGACGGCUGCCAGCGCUUCGCCGAUUACCUGGACGCCGUGAGGAAGGACUUCGUGGCGGCGGCGCGGGUGCUGCGCGACAACUGCGAGGUGCACGGGCACAGCGAGAGCUGCUACAAACUGGGGGCCUACCAGGCCCUCGGCAAAGGUGGACUCAACCCGGAUUUGAAAGCUGCCUACAAAUCUUUCAUCAAGUCAUGUGAGAAAGGUGGGAAGAAGUCAGCAAAUGCAUGUCACAGUGCUGGGCUGCUGGCCCAGGACGGGAAAGCCAACAAUGAUCAGCCUGACCCUGUGGUUGCUAGAGACUAUUACACAAAAGCCUGUGAUGGCAAUUUUGCUCCCAGCUGCUUCAACCUGAGUGUGAUAUACCUGCAGGGAGCACCUGGGGUCCCCAAGGACAUGAGCCAUGCCUUGAAGUACUCGCUGAAAGGCUGUGAGCUGGGGCACGUGUGGGCUUGUGCCAAUGCCAGCCGCAUGUACAAACUGGGAGAUGGUGUUGAGAAGAAUGAUGCUAAGGCAGAGGAUCUGAAAAACAGGGCAAAACAGUUGCAUAAUGAACAGAAAGAAGCUGCAAGUUCUCUAACAUUUGGGGAGUAAAAGUUGCAGAGUUGGGGAGUUGGCAGUUGCAGAUAUUAAGACUGGUUUUUAAAUGGCAAGUGAACUUAAUAUUUAAAUUGUGAGCGUACAGUUUUCAUUUAAAUAAAUAUCCUGUAUUUGGAUAUGCAAAUAAAAUUAUAUUUUUGUGGAUACAAUAAAUGUCUGUCUCUGCUGUGCCCUUCUA